AAUUCUAUUUACUUGAUAUUGCAUAGCUUAUAACAAAGAACUAUUCAUUCGUUGAUAACUCCUCAGAGGGCUAGACAGAGUAAAGUUGGUACAACAUGAAGGGGAUUUUAGUGGUUGCUUUGCUGUUGUGUUAUAAUGAGGUUUUAGUUGAAACAUCGAGAAGAGUUGCCCAAGACACAUUCAAACUGACAGACAUUGAAGUGAAAGCUUUGAACUACAUCCCCGAUGGAAAGUUCAGCUCUAAAGAUUGCUUUGAAGUUCUUGAGAAUGGAGGAGAAAAUUCAGGCUGGUAUAUAAUUGAACCCCGUGAGAACAGCACAAAAAGAAAAAUCAAAGUCUACUGUGACCAAACGACAGAACUACAAGGAUGGACUGUUAUCCAAAGAAACUUUGGCUUAAAGUCCAUGAAACUUGAUUGGAACAACUACAAACAUGGUUUCAAAGAUAACAGUACCUUCUGGCUUGGAAAUGACAACAUAUUUGAUGUAUUAAACCACCAAACUACCCCUAUGAGGAUGGUGAUUGAAGCAUGGGAUCAUGAAGAUCAAAGUUCCAUUGCAAUCUACGACAGUGUCACAAUGAAAAAUGAAGCUCAUAAUUAUGAACUUUGUGUAAAUAACAUUACUGGUCGAGAUCCUUUUGGGUUCAGUAAAUUUGAUCCCCCAUGUGUUAACUUUACCACAUAUGAUAGAGAUAAUGACUUUGCUGAUGAUGCCAACUGUGCAGAAAUGUUAGGA